CUACAGCUCGACCCAGACAACACCGGAUUUGUAUGUGCGGAGACCUUCACCACCCUGGUGAACAACCAUGAGCUGCCCCUGGACCCUGCCAAACUGGAGAUGUUAUUCGCCCUCUCCCAGGGUAAUGAGGAGGGGCAGAUCUGCUACUCACAGCUGGUGGACCUGAUAAGCAGCAAGAGGUCCAGCAGCUUCCGAAGAGCAAUCAGCAGCGGUCAGCGUGCUCUUCCUCGAGAUGUCCUGCUUGAUCAGGAUGGACUGGGUGUCUACAAGAGGUUUGUCCGCUACGUGGCCUACGAGAUUCUGCCUGGGGAGAUGGAGAGACGCUGGUACUUCUACCAACAUCGGCCAUGCCCACCGCCCAUCUUCAUGGCAGCUGUAACCCUGACCCAGAUCAUAGUAUUCCUGUGUUACGGGGUCAAGCUGAACAAAUGGGUUUUACAGACGUACCACCCCGAGUACAUGAAGAGUCCGCUGGUCUACCACCCGGGGCAUCGGGCUAGAGCUUGGCGCUUCCUCACCUACAUGUUCAUGCAUGUUGGUCUGGAGCAGCUGGGAUUUAACACCCUCCUACAACUAAUGAUCGGAGUUCCUCUGGAGAUGGUACACGGGGUCCUGCGAAUCAGUUUCCUGUAUCUGGCUGGGGUGUUGGCAGGAUCCCUUGCUGUGUCAGUCACAGACAUGAGAGCUCCUUUAGUCGGAGGUUCCGGUGGGGUGUACGCCCUCUGUUCUGCCCACCUUGCUAACGUUGUUAUGAACUGGGCUGGAAUGCGAUGCCCUUACAAGGUCCUUCGAAUGGUUCUUGCAUUGGUCUGUAUGAGCUCGGAGGUGGGCCGUGCCGUGUGGCUUCGUUUUUCCCCGCCAUUACCAGCCGCUGGACCUCAGCCCAGUUUCAUGGCCCACUUGGCGGGAGCCGCUGUUGGUGUCAGUAUGGGCUUAACCAUCCUGCGCAGCUAUGAAGAGAACCUCCAGGACCAGUGCGGCUGGUGGGUCAUCCUGCUGUGUUACGCCACUUUUCUAGCCUUCGCUAUCUUCUGGAAUGUGUUUGCUUAUGACCUGCUUGGCGUUCAGAUCCCGCAUCCCCCCUGA